CCCGGGUCUCUGCUGGCUGACCGGAGGAUGCGUUAACAUCCGACCUAUUGGGUUAAAAGAGUCAGGACACACUGUGGAACAAUAAGGGCUUGUCAUGGUCUAAUUAACAUCUGGAACCGCGCAUAGAAAGGGCUGCUGACUGCGUUCUCUGGCCAAAACAGAGGAGUGGUGAGCAGGCUGGUCACACUGAGCUGGGUUAGCGGGACAGAACACAGAACGAGAGAAAGAGGGAGAGAGAGAGAGAGGGAGAGAGAGGGCAGUACCUUGGAAGACGGCCGUUUCCGAAAUAUCAUUUUUGGGGGUCACGUUUGGAGGAACGCAAAGAAUAUCUCUCCUCCUCCUUUUCAUUGGCUGGCUUUCACAAUACAAGGGACAGUAAGUGUUGGUGAUUCCCAUGAUGCACUCUGUUGUGAGGCUGCUGUGGGCUGCCACCUGCUUUUCCUGGAGUUCCGCCACUUAUAACUGCCCGGAUCACAAUCAAGCACUUCCAGCUCCUCUGCGCUACCUGCUCCAGCCUCCCCAGCAGGUGAUCACCUCCCAGCGGGGCGCAAACGCCACUCUGCCCUGCACGCUUCGCGCCCGCCUCACAAACUACAAGGUGAAGUGGACCAGGCUGGAGCCAGACCCGGAGCGGCGGGGCGCGCAGCACAUUGUCCUCAUCACCAACGGGGCGCAACACCGCGGGUACGGCGCCCUGGCAGCGCGGGCUUCACUGCGGGCAGCACACUCGCUGGACGCUUCGCUCCGCAUCACCGGACUCACGCUGGAAGAUGACGGCCAGUACCGCUGUGAGCUGGUGAACGGGCUGGAGGACGAGAGCGUGACUGUAACUCUGGAACUGGACGGGGUGGUGUUUCCGUACCAGAACAGAAACGGGCGCUACCAAUUCACCUAUCAAGAGGCCAGGCAAGCUUGUGAGGGGCAGGAUGGAAAGUUGGCGACUUAUCAGCAGCUUUAUAAAGCCUGGACGGAGGGUCUGGACUGGUGCAACGCUGGCUGGAUUGAGGACGGGACGGUUCACUAUCCCAUCAUCAACUCCCGGGAGCCCUGCGGAGGAAAACUGCUCCCGCCGGGAAUCCGGAGCUACGGGGCGCGGGACAAAGAGAAGGAGCGCUUCGAUGCCUUCUGCUUCACUUCCGCCAUCAAAGGCCAGGUGUUCUUUAUCAAGGGCAGGAUGAGUUUCCGAGAGGCUGGAGCGUCCUGCGAGGCUCGGGGGUCGGAGGUCGCACGGGUGGGCCAGCUGUACGCGGCCUGGCGGUUCUCCUGGCUGGACCGUUGUGACGGAGGCUGGCUCGAGGACGGGAGCGUCCGGUUCCCCAUCACUGCGGCCCGGCCUCUCUGCGGAGGCCUCCCGCAUCCUGGGGUUCGCAGUUUGGGCUUUCCCGACAAGGAGCUGCAUGUUUACGGGGUUUAUUGCUACCGGCCCAGCUAGGGCAGAGAGACUGGGACUGUCAGACUCCUCAGCGGAGCUCUUAAACUGUUCUGAUGUAAAAGAAACAAAUAACGGGUUCUGUUCCUUGAAACUGUUUCGGCGCACGUUUCGCGUAGCCGUUUACCAACAAACAAGAUCUUUAACGAAGUUCAAACUUAACAGGAAGAUCAUCUAACUGAAGAGCAGUUGCCUGUCGCUCAGGAGCACUGUGCGCGUGUGUGUGUGUGUGUGUGUGUGUGUGUGUGUGUGUGUGUCUCUCUGUCUCUGUGUGUAUCUGGCUGUCUCUGUCAGUGUGUCUCAGUUUCCAGACUCACUUCCUAACACAUAUAUAUCGAAAUAUAUAUAUCCAUCCUUUGGACGAGAUGUAAAACAAACGAGGUCCUAUUGGAAGAGACUCUGCAGC